GUAGUUACAAGUAAAAUGAUCACAACUGCCUAAUUUAGGCUGUUAUAGCACAUUGCUCUCACUAUAAAUAGGUUAGAGUAUGUGGUAAUCAUAACAGUGACUUUUAGUAAAGCUAUUGUAAUCACUCGGCAGCUGUUUAACUCAACUCAACGUUAGUUGCUAAAGUCAGUUUGACAGUGGCACUAUUAGCUUAAUUGGGCUAACGUUAGUACCAAUGACGUUAGCAACAAGCACCGACUGUAUGCGGUGUUUAAACGAUAACUGGUGUGCACACAGCUGUCGAGUCUCGACGUUGCCUUGUUGAGUUUGAUUCGACUGAGGCAUGGCGUGUGAGACGAGCGAAGAGGACGUUGUUUCGGAGUACCUGGACCAGAACCCGCAGCUCGCCCAAUGGGUCGACACGUUCAGGACCUACUGUGAGAGCAACAAGCAGUGGGCUGCUCGGAGGGAGUUCCUCCUCAGGAACAUGGAGGCUUUCCCCACGAUGGAGCCCGGAGUCCCCAGCAGCAGCCUGGACAAGCUGCUCUCCCUGUCCAUGGUCUGGGCCAACCACGUUUUCCUCGGCUGCAGCUAUCCACAAGCUGUGAUGGACAAGAUCACGGAGAUGGGUGAGGGGAUAGUCGUGAAGGACGCCCCGAUGCACAAAACCACAAAAGAUGGAAUCCUGUCCAGAGGAAAGCGGGGCGCGAUGGCGGACGGUGACGCCGACGGCGCUGUGAAAAGAUCCAGAUGUGGAGCCAACGAUCGGGGUCAGAAAUCCGGACCUCGGCCACAGGCUCCGGCGGAGCACCAGCCCUUCUUCAACCGCCUCUACAAGGCCGUGGCCUGGAAGCUGGUGUCGGCGGGGGGCUUCGGCCCCAACCUGGACCAUUAUGAAAUACUUCGCAGCUGCGUGGAGUCGUGUAAAGAGACCCUGACCAGCGUGUUCGUGCCGCUGAAGGACAUCGCCGGCCUCCCUGCCGCUCGCACGCAGAAGGAGGGCCACGUGUGCGAGAUCCGCUGUCGGACCGUGUACAUGGGGACGGGGUACGGGCGGGACGAGGCCGCCGCCAGGGCCAUGGCUUCCAAAGAGGCCCUGAAGGUCUUCCAGGGCCGAAAAGUGACAGUAAAGAUCUGCAGACGGAGGUACAAGGGGAAGGACGUGGAGGAUCUGAUGCUGCUGGACGAGCAGCCCCGGAAUCAGGGCUUCCCUCCGGCUCUCAGCUUCCCCUUCGAGGCCGAGCGGCGGGAAGACGGCUCCUCGUAGGCCCGGGAGCUGAGACACGUGACGCCUACUUGGUGGAGCUACUGAAGGACGUCGUGGCCGUGAGGGGGGAGCGGGCUGUCAAUCAAUUCCCACAGUGCUUCGGUUUCAUAAUGCCGCUGGCACGUUGUCAGGUAAAAUGUCUGGGACCUCGCUACUACGUCGGGUAAAUUUAUAACCGCGUUCACGGGCGGUGAGGGAGGUGCCGUCAUUCAGAGGUCAGACAGCCUGAAACCGGACGGAAAAGCGCAACCAGCAAAAGGCAAAACCGUUGGAGGUUAAAACAUAACGAAAUCCUUUUGGCCGCCACGUUCGAGUCGCGUGCGUUUCCUUUUUCCUGCCGUGACGACGUUGUUUCUGUUUAUCCGACGCUCGGCUAAAGGGAAGCAAACUGGUGGACGAACCGGGAACUUUUCUCAGUUUUGAUUCACUUCACCAGAUUAUUUUGUUUAUGUUGAACUUUUCAAUUGAUUUGAUAUUAAUUAUUUUAUUUUUUCACAAAUGUUCCAGUUAAGCCUUUGAACUGCUGGUUGUUUCUGUGUCUCAUUACUACUGAUCCAAAUAAUAAUUGUUAAAAAUUGGUUAUUUAGAAGCACCCACGUUAGACUUUAGUUGCUUUUCUUGCUCUUUGUACCGCAGCAUGUUCAAGAGGCUCCUCACAAAGUACUAACCGCUUUUAUUUGAGUUCUUUAUUUACCUUCACUGUUUAAAAGAAGAAAGACUCAGACCCAAUGUUGAGAAGUGAUUGUGUCACAUUUCAUAAAGUUGAUGACAGUGUGACAGUCGGCAUCGUUACGGUGUGUUUGAGGUUGAAGUGCUGCUGUGACGUGUGACUUCUUUUCUUUCCCUGUUCGGGUCAAAGGUCAACGGGGUUGUGAGUUUCCACACGGUUUGCGUACGUCACUGUACAUUUACACCAAUGUUCUGUUUCUAAAUAUAUUUUUAAAUGAACAAAAUAAUUGAACUGCGUGAAGUUUUAUUUGGUUUCUAC